AUGGACAUGAUGGAGGCGGAGGCGGAGGCGGAGGCGGAGGCGGAUACGGUUUACGCAACAAACAAAACAAAGGAGGCAAUGAGUCUAGUCCUUGUUGCUGCAUCCCCAGCAAUUGCAGUUAUAAAUCAAGCACCUCUCAUUAAUCCAGCCAACAUCAAGAAGGAAAAGAAAGAGGCGUCAGUCAAGGCGCCAGCCAAACCAGCGGAAAGCAGCGAAGACAGCUCCUCCAGCAGCUCCGAUGAAAGUGUCGAAGCUGGUGAGGUAGUGAAAAAGACAAAAGUUGUGAAGGCUGAAGCGACUAAAGUGAAUGUUAAAGUUGAAGCGGCUAAAGUAAAGGAUAAAGCUGAAGUCGCCAAGGUAAAAGUUAAAGCCGAGCCAAAGGAUAAAGCACUGCCAUCAUCCUCUUCUUCCUCCUCGUCCGAGGAUGAAUCAAGUGAUGAAAGGCCAGCGGUUGUUAAGGGAAAAGCAUCAGUCAAAGAUACUCUCCAGAAAUCGCCAAAAAGUUCAAAGAAAAGUGCAUCCGAAGAUGAUGUGGUUUGUAUGGGAAACGAAAGUCGCAAGUACACAAUACCAGAUGAGGAUGAUGAUGAGGAUGAGGAUGAAGCCGAGGCCAGUACCGAUGCAGAGGACAAAGUUGUAGAGACGGAAGUCAAAGGCAGAGACAAGACGUCUCACAUAUGCGGCAUAUGCGAUAAGAAGGGGCACACUUCCUUUGAAUGCCAGAUGAUCUGCAGGAAUUGCUCGGCGCCCUAUCACAGUUUAAAGAACUGCCCGCAACCUCCAAAUUUAAAUAUUGCUCUGCAGGCUUUCAUGGAGUUUAGCAUGCAACAAUUGGCCGUCUUUAAUAUGGAUAAACGUUUCACAUUUCCCGGCGGCGCAGUCCCAGCGCCACCUCAACAGCUACCAGCUGCCCAGCUACAAACUCCAACAUUUAACAAGACUAAAAAGGAUAAACGAACUCUGACUAAAAAGUCUAAGAAAGUGCCUAAGAAAAAAAUCAAAUUAGAGGCAAAACAAAGCGACGAUGAGGAUGAUGACGACGAUGACGAGGAUGAUGAGGAUGAGUUAGAAGAAGCAGAUCCCACUGACACAGAAUCGAGUGAUUCCAGCGCUGAUGCAAAGCCAACAACUAAAAUCAAAAGGAAACGCAGCUCCAAGCUAUCUUCUAAGAACUUGCCAUCUGGUCCCGCAGCAUAUCCGUUUCCAUUGCUAGCUCCUGGUGCACCAUAUAAUCCAAUAAUGUAUCCAUAUGGAGCACAGUUUAGUUUUCCUAAAUAAUUUGUAAUUUUGUAUACAAGUUUUCUUUGUAUAUAUGUAUGUUUAGAUAUAAGCAUAAAGUUAUUAUUAAAUAGAAAGAGCAUGUGUAAACUUAGUUAAUUUUGAACACAUCAAAUAAUUGAUAAUGAAAUUAAA